AAAAGUAGGCUAUCGUGCGGCUCAGGCACACAUCCUGACGGGUCAAGCAAAGGUCAAUACGUUUGAAAAUAAAGCGGAUUAUCAUCACACCGACAUGGGCGAAGAACGCUGACAUUUCAAGAGGUGUCGAACUGGUAACACCCACCGCGCUUCCCAGACUCAGUCAUCAGGGGUUCCGUCUUUUCAAGAAGGACCUGCUCCAAAUCACCAACACAAUCCCAGUCGAGGCAAAGCGUGGGUCGCAAAGAGGGACCAUGAGAACCGGAUAGCAGUGUUUGCCAUGCCAGCCACGAACAUCCCAGAAUUUGGAAAGGUUUUUUCUGACUUCAGGAAUUCUGUGACGGGUAAAUUGCAUUAGUUAGUCAAAAGGUCCAAGUGGAAGCAAAUAUUUAUAAUCUGUACUAUAAGGUAAGGUUUUAUUCAAGUAUAUCCGUCAAUGUGCGUUUGGUAAUCCGGUCGAAUUACUCAAAAACUGAAAGUGGCUGUAAAGGAAGCGAUCAGAAACUCUUCACUGGACAUGCUUUAUCAUCUCAACGGAUUACCGACAGCUCAGUCCUCUUAAACCGGAUGCACAAAAGGAAUUAAAUCAGAUUGUUUCCCCGUUGGAUUAAACCACAGUUUGCAUUUAACAUCAACAGAAGCGUCAUAUCAUAUGCUGAUGGCUCAACGGUACGAAGACCUUGCCCACUAUGGUGGCGGUAUGGAUGGAGUUGGGGUCCCGACGUCCAUGUACGGGGACCCGCACGCGCCUCGGCUGCCGCAAGUUCACCAUUUGAACCACGGGCCUCCGCCUCAUGCCAACCAGCACUACGGGGCCCACGCACCGCACAGCAUCAUGCCCAGCAGCAUGGGCUCGGCUGUCAACGACGCACUUAAGAGAGACAAGGACCAAAUUUAUGGGCACCCGUUAUUCCCGCUUCUGGCGCUGGUGUUUGAGAAGUGCGAGCUGGCCACGUGCACACCGAGAGAGCCCGGGGUCGCCGGAGGAGAUGUGUGCUCGUCCGAUUCUUUCAACGAGGACAUCGCUGUGUUUGCAAAACAAAUUCGGGCAGAGAAGCCGUUAUUUUCUUCUAAUCCAGAGUUGGACAAUUUGAUGAUUCAGUCAAUACAAGUAUUACGAUUCCAUCUUUUAGAACUCGAAAAGGUGCACGAGCUUUGCGACAACUUCUGCCAUCGGUAUAUUAGCUGUUUGAAGGGUAAAAUGCCCAUUGACCUGGUAAUUGAUGAACGGGAUGGAUGCAAGACCGACUUCGACGACAUCUCAGGAUCCUCGACAAAUCUCGCAGAUCACAAUCCAGCAUCCUGGAGAGACAUGGAUGACGCUCACUCUACUCCCUCAGUCGGCACCCCAGGACCCUCCAGCGGGGGACAUGCUUCUCAGAGCGGAGACAACAGCAGCGAACUAGGAGAUGGCUUGGAUAACAGCUUGGCAUCUCCGGGAACAGGGGACGAGGAUGACCAAGAUAAGAAACGGCAGAAGAAGAGAGGAAUCUUCCCCAAAGUAGCGACCAACAUCAUGCGGGCAUGGCUCUUCCAGCAUCUCACGCACCCCUACCCAUCCGAAGAGCAGAAGAAGCAGCUAGCGCAGGACACAGGCCUCACCAUCUUACAAGUGAAUAACUGGUUUAUCAAUGCUCGACGAAGAAUCGUGCAGCCCAUGAUUGAUCAGUCAAACAGAGCAGUAAAUCAAGGAAGUGCUUACAGUCCCGAUGGUCAGCCUAUGGGUGGCUUUGUGCUAGACGGCCAACAACACAUGGGUCUCCGGCCUGGCGGUCCCAUGGGAGGAAUGGGUAUGAACAUGGGUAUGGAUGGACAGUGGCACUACAUGUAAAUGCCUCCACGCUUCCCAAACCAUAAACGUUUUGAAGGUGGCCUCAGGAACAGUCCCAGUACUGGCCAGAGGCAUGAGGAGUCACGUCACAUUCAUCCUCACGUGAUCACGCGCCUCCUGUCUUCACCAGACCUCCCAGAUCUCUCACGGACCCCUCAUCAUCUGGCCAUCAUAUCUCACCAACAUCACAAAAUGUUGGAGCACCAACAUCACAAAAACAGACUUGAAGCAUUUGUGCCAAAAGAGAGACUUCUUCAAAAGACAAUUGGAGAUCUUUUCCUUUUAAAUUAUUUAUUUAUUCUUGUUUUACUAUCUAGAAGCACGGGGACCACACCAUUUGUGCACUUUUGCUUAACCACAGAGAGACACACAGAGAGUGCACACGCUCACAUUAAACACAUUUAACUGUGGAAUCGAGUAAAAGAUGCUAAAAGCCCUCAAAAACUGAAAUGUGAGUGUAUGAUGAGUUUUAUUUUGGGUAAUGUUCUAUGUUUGGGUUUGUGUCGUUGACUAGUUUUUAGACCCUUGCAUUUAUGAUUCUGCAAAAUUUGAAGGAAAUGAAACCACUUGAUUGGAUGAUUAUAACACACAUCUGACACAAAUACCAGUCUGUGAAACCACAAAGUCUUCCCCACAUGCGAGGUUUUGAAAAGCAUCGUUUAGGAAAUGAGUUAUGCGUUUAUUUGUCGAAUUGGAAAGCAACCGUGCUCUUGUAAAGCUAAAUACGCCUGGAGGAGUUUUUAAACCACUAGAGAUGUCCCAUUGUACAUAAUUAUGUAAAUGUUAUUUGUAAAACACAUCAAUGUCAAAUAGGCAUUCAGUCGAGAUCCUUUAAAAAUGAAGUUGGGAUAUUGCUGUACAUUUUGGUCCGUUCUCACUCGACGGAAAAAGUCGAUAUAUGUUAUGUUUGUUGACGUACUGAUAAGUUUAAUCGAUCUUCCCGCUCUGUCCAUGUUUCCUUUUAGGAGACUUUUAAAGCGUCACACUAUUUCUACACAGUCAAAAGUCGAAUUCUUGUAAUAAAUGCUUCAUUUUUAAAAUGCU